CCGUGAGGGCGUAGACCCUCGCUGAUCCGCCCAAAAUGUCACAAAACAUCGGCCUGACGCGGCUCUCCUACUCUCGCGUCUGGCACCAGAUCUCCGCAGCCGCUCUGCACCCAACCCUAUCCACGCAGCCGUCCGUCACACCCCCUUCACUAGGCCGGCUUGCCUCUCGCAUCGCGGUGCUCCUCAUGGGCAAGCACAAGCCGACAUGGGACCCAUCGACCGACUGCGGCGACUACGUCGUCGUGACCAAUUGCGCGGCGCUUCACGUCACGGGCCGCAAGAAGUGGCAGAAGACCUACUACAGGCACACGACGCGGCCCGGCUCCCUCAAGUCCGUCACCAUGGACGUGCUCAUGGCCAAGCACGGCGGCGCCGAGGUGCUACGCAAAGCCGUCAGCGGCAUGUUACCGAAGAACCGCCUGCGCGAGAAGAGAUUAGCACGGCUGAAGGCUUUUGAGGGUCCUUCGCACCCGUAUAAGCAGAAUAUUGUGCAGUUUAACGGCGUCAAGGUCGGUGAGAAUGGGUGGGAAGAUGCUGUCAAGGCGAUUCGUGAAGCGGGGAUGAAGAGACUGUAGGGUAGAGGAAGCGGGGAGCAUAUGUGCUACCUGGCUGCCGUGACGCUUGGGGACCUUGCUGGCGGAUGGUCCGAGGACGCAGAUGGAUGGCGCAGUGCCGAAGCUUUGAAAGGCAAACGGCGUGUAUAGGUACUUUGUACUAUAUUAUUGUCAUGACUUUGCUUGUUGGAAAGGACGAGAUGAAUCCAAGCAAUCAUGGCCAUUUUGGCACCACAACAGAGCAUAACAGGAAUCAUCUAAUCCCAUGUCGUCUAC